AUGUCAAAUACUAGAAAAGCAAAUGCAUUAUACCGAUUGGUUUCUUAUUAUGUUUCUAAACAACCAGAUGAUCUGCAAUCUUUAGAGAAUUUUGAGAAUAUUUUAUUAAUAUGUGAAAAAAUCUUGGAUGCCUCAAUUUAUACUUCUAAAAAUUAUGAUAUUGUUAUAGUUUCAGAUGCUAUAAAAAAAAAAUUACUUCGUGAGGAUUCGACAUCUGAUAAUGCAAUCAAAUUUAUUAACUUAUUUUCUCGACUUCUGUGUCAAGAUAUUUUGGAAAAAAAAGCUGAAAUUCUGCAGUUUCUUUAUAGUAUUUGUGAUUUAGCUUAUAUAUCAGGAAAAGCGCAGAAUGUUAAAAAUUCUUUUUCUCGCAUGAAUUUUUAUGAAGACAGUACAGACUCUGAAAGCUUUUUUUCAGCAUUGUCGUCUAGUUUUAAUACAGCUUUAACUAGUUCAAGACCUAAAAAUUCAACUCCUAGGUCUCUUCUUUUAAAAACGCCUCUAAUUGCGUCUCAGAAUUAUGAUGCAUCUGAGUCUAUACUUCUGAAGGAUAUUUCUUUUAUUUUACAGGGAAUAAGUUCAUCAAGUGUUAGAUUUUCUACUAAUGGAUCCGCGACUAUAUCACCAAAACUUCCAUUCACUAUCGCUUCUUUGUUAUCCCAUAUUGUUGAGCUUGGACUGCUUUAUAAACAACUUUCCACUUUUAUUUUAUUUUCUCAUAAUAUAAAAAAGAGUACUGGACUUAUUAAACAAAGUUUUUUUUCAUGCUUAGAUCAGGAAUUGUCUGCAUAUUUAAACCUAGUAUCUGCUCUGGAAGUAGAAAUUCGCAAGGAUUUAUUAUUGUCUGAUGAUCAAUUAAAAAUGCGUUCUGUAACUUUAAAAAGAAUUAUUAUAUGGACAAGAGAUGCCUCUAUGGCACUUCGAUUAAUGGCAUUGAUGGUAGAAAAUUGUAAAAAUUUAAAAGGAGGACAGCUUAUUAAUUGUAUUCUUGAAUUUUCUUCUCAUGGAGACCCUUUUGUUCAUGAAUUUUCUGAAAAACUUAUAGAAUCUUUGACGAAACCAUUUUAUGAUAUGCUUAUAAAAUGGAUUUAUGAUGGAGAACUUUUGGAUCCUUUUCAAGAAUUUUUUGUUGUUGAUAAAGGAAUUGAUACUAAAUUGAAAUUAGAAAGUUCUAUUAACAUUGUCUGGGAGGGAAAAUAUACAUUAGAUUUAAAUAUGCUUCCAAAUUUUAUAUCUGAAAAUUUAGCUAAGAAAGUUUUUUUAAUUGGAAAAAGCUUAAAUUUUAUACGACAUGGCUGUGAUGAUGAUGAAUGGGUACAACAACAUAGUAAAGCUUCAAUGAAAGAUUUGAUUUAUGGCGAUAUAGAUUUUCUCGAGCGUUCAAUUGAUGCAGCUUAUUUGACUACUUCUUCUCGACUAAUAGGAUUAAUGUCCACAAGAUUUUCUUUUUUCGAUCACUUACAUGCUUUAAAGAAAUAUCUUUUAUUAGGGCAAGGGGAUUUUAUUGCUUUUCUUAUGGAGUCUUUAAGUUUAACUUUAGACAAGCCUGCAAAUAUGUUAUAUCGGCAUAAUCUUACUGCUACUUUAGAAUCUGCUAUAAGAGAAUCAAAUGCCCAAUUUGAUUCCCCGGAUAUAAUUAGACGAUUAGAUGCACGUAUGCUUGAAAGGUCACAUGGUGAAAUUGGAUGGGAUAUAUUUACUUUGGAAUAUAAAGUAGAUUCUCCUGUUGAUGUAAUUGUUACUCCCCGCUGUACUAGACAAUAUCUUAAAGUGUUCAAUUUUCUUUGGAGGUUAAAAAGAGUGGAAUUUGCACUUAGUAAUUCAUGGAAAAAAAGUACAACAGGCGAGCGAGAAAUAUUGAGAGUAAUGCAAGGGCCUUUAUAUAAACAAUGGCAGAAAGCAAGGUGUACAAAUGCAGAAAUGAUUCAUUUUAUAUGUCAGCUUCAAUAUUAUAUUUUAUUUGAGGUUAUUGAAUCAUCCUGGGACGUGUUUUAUUCUUCUAUCUCAAAGUCUGAUUGCACACUUGAUACAUUAAUUGAAGCUCAUGCGCAAUAUACAAUGAACAUAACACAUAAAGGCUUACUAGGGUCUGGAAAAAUAGGAAAAGAAGGCACGCUUUUAUCUCAAUUACAUGAAAUUCUGAAAAUUAUAUUAUUUUUUAAAGAAACUUUGGACCAUUUUUAUACUUAUUCUCUAACAGAAUAUAUUCAAAGAUAUCAUACGACAUUUAAAACGAAAUCAGAAACAAAAGAUCAUAUAAAUCUUAAAGAUUUGAAUUCAGAUUCAUUAAAUACUAAAAUAAUUGAUGAUUCGGGAUUUAUUAUUGAAAAAUUAAAUAAUCUUGCAAAAGAGUUUCAUACUCAUCUUAUUAUGCUUUUAGGUGAUCUUGUAUAUCAGUCAGAUAGUGAAAUGAGAUUUCUUGGUGUUCGUUUAAAUUAUAAUGAAUAUUAUCAUGUACCAAAGAAACAUAUUAAAUAA